AAGGCGUUGGUGGUUGGUGUCCGUCCGAAGAUGCGUUGCGCUCCGGCAGCAUCAGUACCAGCUCCGCCGCGUCACUAAACCGACAAUUACCGUCCGACGGCGGCAGAAAAAACAACCGUUGGUGUUUGCGGCUCGAGCGGCGCCGGUGCUUCGGAAAGAUGGGGGACCAGAAGGAAUCCCUGCGUAAGAUCACCCACACGCUGGCCAUGAAGAACGAGGAGAUAUCGAACUUCGUCUGCACGGUCAAACAGAGCCUCAGCAACUUGGAGUCGAACACCAACAAAGUCCAGGAGGACCUGGAGUCCGAGUUCACCGCCCUCCACGCGGUUCUGGACGAGAUGAAGGAAAGCAUGGUGACGCGCAUCAAGCAGGAGAGAGCCAGCCGCACGUACGACCUUCAGAGUCAGCUGAGCGCCGGCUCCAAAGCCCUGGAGAGUUCGGAGGAGCUGCUGGAGCUGGCCAAUCAGACGCUCUGCUCCUCUGAGAGCGACGGCUUCAAUCAGGCGGCCAAAGAAAUUAAGGAUAGCGUGACAAUGGCUCCGGCCUUCCGCCUCUCCCUGAAGGCUAAAGCCAGCGACAACAUGAGUCACCUGAUGGUGGACUUCAGCCAGGAGAGGGAGGUGUUGCAGGGCCUCAAGUUCCUCCCAGUUCCCGCCACUCCUGAGAUCCAGGUGUCCGAGUCUCAGGUGUGCGACAACACGGUGACGGUGGUCUGGACCUUACCGGAGCCCGACAGCAAGAUCGAACACUACAUCCUGGAGCACCGCCGCACCAACCACGAGGGCCCGCCGCGCAUCAGGGAGGACUACCCCUGGAUGGUGGUGGAGGGGAUACGAGAGCUGGAGCACACACUCACCGGUCUCCGCUUCGACACCCGGUACAUCACGUUCAGGGUGAAGGCGUGUAACAAGGCGGUGGCCGGAGAGUUCUCUGAGCUGAUCACGCUAGAAACCCACGCCUUCACCUUCAAGCUGGACGCCGCUUCGUGCCACCAGAACCUGAAGGUGGAGGACCUGAGCGUGGAGUGGGACAGCUGCGGAGGGAAGAUACAGGACAUCCGCAAAGAGAAGACGAGAACCAACUCCCCGAUGCACUCCCCGGCCAGGUCGGCCCUGAUGUCGCCGAAGAGAGCGCCGAGCGCCCGGCCCGGCAGAGACCGAUUCACGGCCGAGUCCUACACGGUGCUGGCCGACACGGUGAUCGACGCCGGCCAGCAGUACUGGGAGGUGCGCUUCGACAAGGAGAGCAAAGCCUUCGCGGUGGGCGUGGCCCUGCGCAGCCUGGGCCGCUUCGACCAGCUGGGCAAGAGCAGCGCCUCCUGGUGCAUCCACCUGAACAACUGGCUGCAGCAGAGCCUCACGGCCAAGCACAACAACAAGGCGCGGGCGCUGGACUGCGCCAUCCCGGACCGCAUCGGCGUCUACGUGCACUACGACGAAGGCAUCCUGUCUUUCUACAACUCCAAAACCAAACAGCUGAUGCACACCUUCAAAACCAAGUUCCAGCAGCCGGUCAUACCAGCGUUCAUGGUGUGGAACGGUAGUUUCUCCGUGGUGACGGGCCUGCAGGUUCCCAGCGCCGUGCAGAGCGGGCAGAGGAAGAACAGCGGCACCAGCAGCUCCAACGCCAGCCUCACUUAGCUCCGCCUCCUCUCCGGCGGCGCUCUAAGCCAUAUCGUAUCAAAGAGUUGCAUCACCGCGACGUUCUUUUCGGGGGGCGGAGCUAGUCGUCUGCGGCGGCGGUGACGGGACUCUCCAGAUGUUCGGCUGACUGUCGGAGACACGUUGGCUGAUAGUCUCGCUCGUGGUUUCCUCUCGCCUCAUUUUAAGCACUGAUCCACUGCUGCUAGAGCAAAGACUUAGCGCUGGCCGCUGCCUUUCCUUCCUUCCUUUCCUCCUUCCUUCCUUCCUUGCCAUCACCAUCGCUGUCGUGUCGUAGCUGCAGGCUCGGUGUGGAGGCCGGUCCUGUCCGCUCUCUCCUGUGCCUUCCUUCUCUCGACGACGCUCACUUCUACGAUGCAUCGUGAACGAGCGCGUUAUAAUCUGUUUAUCGCACUUAUCGGCAUUCGGAAGUAUUCAUAAAGAUUUAUGACUAUGAUCAAAACACAUAAAGCAUUUAAAAAUGGCGGAUAAAGUCAUGUAUCAGAAUACUUCAUAAUGCAUUUAUUCAAGGUUAAUUGUGGGAUUAUAUAUUCCCCUAAAUGUUAUUCUAAUCCCAUUAUAAUGUGAUUUUAAAUGUACUCUUAAGUGGUUAUUGUUUGCUUUAAGAAAAUAUUCAAUAACAACACACACAACUUAAUUGUUACAAUUAUAUUAUUGGUACAUAAGAUAGUAAUACAUUACAAUAUUUUAUAAUGUAUUAUCAAACUAUUUUAUUAAUUAUAAUUAUAAUAAUUCAGUUUUUGUGUUGAUUUUUUUUCUCACUUAAAGCAAACAAUGACCACUUGGAGUUAAUUAUAAUGACGUAAUAAUGUAUUAUAACAGUCAUUAUAAUCCAUUCUACAAAUAGUUGAUUGUUUUACAACUAACUUAUUAAAAUACACUAUUUAUUCAAAUUAUGCAAUUAUAAAGUUGUACGAUACUGGACCUUAUAAAUCGUGAUAAAAGGCUUUAAAAUGCGUCAUAAAUCAUUGUUAAUAUUUACGAAUGCUUCUAAUCAAACGGCGCGAGUUUAAAAAAGCGUUAAACCGACUUCUCCCGCUGUGUUCAUUAAGAACGUGUCAUUAAAACACAGCUCGGUGGUAAUUAUCACCCACUGAACCCGCCUCGACCAAUCAGCCGGCCCUAUUUAACCCAAAUAACAAUCUGCUCCUUAGACGCUGCUGAAUAGAACGUAGUUCAUUAUAUCAGGAUUAUUUUUAAUGUCUACAACACACACAUAUGAGAGAUGUUGUGUUUCACUUUUUGAGGUUCAGCACAGAAAGUUAGAAAAUGAGCUUUUUAUGUCUGAUGACGCCUUCGGGGGUUUUAGGAAAUAACAGUACUGUAUUCAUUCACCUGACUGCACCCCAAUGCUUGUUGUGUACAGUGUGUGUGUGUGUGUGUGUCUCUAUACCUAAUCACACGCCUUUAUUUAGGAAUCUAAUUAUGAGUCUCUAGUCCAAAUAGCUAUCACGUCUCCUCUGCUAACACAUUGUAUUAUGAGGGUUUAGCCGGGUCCGGGGUCUGGCUUAAGUCUGGAAAGCUUUCAAAAGGACGUUGAUUUCAUUUUCACAGAUUAUUGUAAAUAAGUUUUCAUUUUUUCGAUGCAUCGUCGGUGGUCAUUGAAGUAUUAAAAAAGGAGCGAGAACACUUUGUUCUUGGAUUUCUGCUUCAACGAGUAAUAAAACGGAAAGUAAGAAACAAAUCUCGACUGUUUUUAUACGAAAAAGAAAUAAUAACGUUGUACAGGAACAUCCCGAAACUGCUGCAUGGCACAUACUACACGUUGCUUGUUCACAUUUAUAUGAUAUGUGAUGGAAGCAAGAGUUUAACUUUACUGAAAAGAUAAAUAUAUAUAUAGAUCUGUGUAUAUUCUCUAUAUAUAGAGAGAGAAAUAAUACUAUCACAUACAAUGGGUACAGAAACCACAACUCAUCUCUAUUCUUUCAUUCUGAAGCUGCAUCGAUCAGUCGAAAAUACAUUUGAAUUAUUUGAAUAAAUCGAUUAAUUGUUCAAAGUAUUUUGUUUUAAAUAUGGAGAUUUCCAGCCUCUCUUUUUAUAUUUGAUAUUAUAUACAUAUUAAAACAUUUAAAGACUGGGA